GAUGCAUGGUGCCUUUAGAGAUGUCUUGUUUAUCUACGCUAUUUAUAAAAUGUAACAAUAUUUUUAUUACAUUUACACAAUAAUUAAGUAACAUUAUUUAAAAGAUCAGGGGAAUGGCAUUAUUAUCAAUUUCGAAGGGUACACCUGCAGGGGUAGGUCUAAAAAGAGAUGGAUUGCAUGAAAGAAUAUAUGAUCAAGAAGGGUGUGACGACUGAGAAAAGGAAAGAUAGAUCGAUCUGGAGAACGAAAACCUGGUGUGCCCACCUUAUUUGAGGUAUAAAGACAGGGGGAUGAUGAGAGAAAUAGAAAUAUUGUUAUACAAGAGAAACAAUAGUAGAAAACGAUGUGUAUUCAGUUUUACAUUUCACGUUUCUAAUAUUCCCUUCAAGCUUAGUAACGCUUUUUUAUGCAUAUUUAUUUUGUACUUGUGGAAGUACAACUAUGGAGUUGUGAGUUGAGUCACCCUAGAACUACGUCACGUGAAUAUUAUUGACCUUGACAGAGAAACAGUAGUCAAGCGGUCGCCGCACAAUUCACCCGUCUUUGCGUUUCACUCGUGUUGUGGUCAUUUUUUAUUCAUUUCGAAUAAUAUUGUUCAUAUAAAUGAAUCGUAUAUAUUACUAAUUAAUGCUACAUGUAGUUAAAAAUAUUCUUGUGACUUUACAAGUAUGUGAUUUGUGUUUUUCAAGACAUUUUAUCGGUUUUCCAAUAUCAUGAUGCGGUGUGUUUUGGGCGGAUACGAUGCGCAUGUGCGGAAUUACUCGACGAAUUUAAAGUGCUCGAAAACCUAAUGUUUACACAUUUCACGUAACGGCAAUCGUUUUUGUUUGGAUUAUACAGCGACGACAAGUUUACAAAUACCACUCAACCAGUCAGAAUUAGGUUUUAUGACUAAUGCCCGUAAAAAUUAAUGAAUAUAUAAAAUGUUUGGACAAGACGCUGCAGAUAGGUCUUUAUUUAUUCCACUGCGAUUUCGUUUCUCAUCGAUUUUGAUCCAGACAACUACCAUCAAAGUAUUCCUAUUGAUAAUCUCCAUCAGUUUCAUCAUCUCCAUAUGUCUUAUACAACUAACAACCAAAGAUAACGUAUCUAUAAGUGAAAGUUCUAUACAAGAGGCACUGGAUAAUGUUGCAAAAGAUUUAAGAUACGUAGAUGUAUUUAGAAAAAAGAAUCAUCUCCCGAAAGAUCUGAAAUUCAUUUUAUUAUGGACACCAAAAGACUUUGCCCCGUUUUACAAUCUUGGAGAAGGGCAACGUGCAUUCAUCAAAAACAACUGCUCCAUGAUCAACUGCUAUGUUACUGAUGAUAAGUUCUUCUUCGGUGAUGAUGUAACAAAAUUUGAUGCCAUAGCAUUCAACGGUCGUAAUAUAAGAACUCUAUUUAAAUAUCAUAUUCCAAAGAAACGAUCGCCUCAUCAGAAAUAUAUUUACUUUAACACGGAGUCGUCAGAUUAUUAUCCAGUUUGCAGCCGUGUGUUUGAUGGGUUUUUCAAUUGGACAGCUACAUAUAAAUUGAAUUCUGAUAUUUUGUUCCCAUAUGUACAGAUAAGAAAUCGCAGUGGAGAAAUUGUUGGACCAAAGAGAAAUAUGGAAUGGGUGAAAAAUACGUCAUUUAAAAAGGAUUUUUCUAUAUUGCAAAAUAAGAGUAAAGCAGUUGCUUGGCUUGUAUCUAAUUGUAACAGUAGAAAUAAAAGAGAGGAUGUUGUGACAUACCUACAGAAGUAUCUGCAGCAUUAUGGAUUAACUGUAGAUAUAUAUGGAGAUUGUGGAUCUUAUAAAUGCCCUGGUGAAGAUAAGAACAGUUGUUCCACUAUGUUAGGGCAGAAAUAUUACUUUUAUUUAUCUUUUGAGAAUUCUUUCGCAGAAGAUUAUGUAACCGAGAAACUUUUAACAGCUCUAAAUCAUAACAUGGUACCUAUCGUUUACGGUGGUGCAAAUUAUUCAAGGUUUCUGCCUCCGAACGCCUAUUUGGAUGUUUUGAAGAUGAGUCCCAAGGAAUUGGCCGAUACCAUAGCGCAAUUAAUGAUAUCACCAGAGCAGUAUGUUAGAUAUUUCUCAUGGAAAUCUCAGUAUACGUACCUGGACCCAUCAAGAUCGGACAACGUGUGCGCAGUGUGUGCCGCUCUUAAUAAUAAAACUAUGAUGGACCAGAGAAUGGUUUAUAAUGAUUUUAGGACCUGGUGGAACCCAGCUUAUAGCGAUCGGUGUUAAAGCAUAUUUAUAGAUUUUUACCACGUGUUGUUAUAUUGUUAGAUAGUUUUUGUGAUGUUAAUAUAAUCCAAAGAUUAUCACGUGUUAUGUUUUAUAAAUCAUAUAACUAUUGUUAAUUGCUACUCAAGAGUAUUUGAUGGUUCGUUAAUAAGCAUUCAAAAAGUUUAUAUAUUGUAUUUUA